AUGACCAAUACCCAAGAAGCAUCGCUCAACAACACAGCAUCCGUCGAACAGCUCAGGCGGAUGGUCGACAUCGCAUCAGCUUUGAAGGUUCCCCUCUCGUCCAUCCACCCAGCUAAAGGAGUGGACGGUCUGUUGAGUGACCAGUACGAGGCUAGGACGAACGAUGGAGAGUCUCUUUUCGUCAAGUAUUUGCCGGUCGAAGGCCCUGUUCGCGAUUUUUGUCUCGAGCUGGAUGUCUACGAUCGAGAACAAAACUGUCUAGCGUUCUACAAUGAGGCCGGAAUUCACGAGAAGCUUCGAAGUAUUCCUGAUUGUCACUUGUACCUCCCUGGACUCUACUAUAGUGAUGAUCGGAUGAUCGCAAUGGACAAUUUGGUGAAGUCCCAUCACUUCGAGGCCUACCGCAUCGAAGACCCAAUGAGCUUUUCACUGGCGACUGAAUGUAUCAAGGCCUUGGCGUACUUCCAUGCGGUAGUGCCCGUGGAGGCGGCUCGAGCCCGCUUUCUGAAGCCUCGUGAGACGAUCUACCAUGUCAUGGGCAGAAUUCUCGACGAGGGCAUUCUCUAUCUGGAGAAAUGCGGCGACUCAUUGAUAGAUUCGAAAUGUCGGAAAGCCAUCGUUGAGAAGAGGGAGUACAUCGAGGAUGUCAUGGUCGGAAACCCGAGCAAACUUACGAUUGGCGAUGCCAUACUAGUUGUUGCCCAUGAGGACAUGUGGAGCAGCAAUAUCAUGACUCAUCGGCGUGAGGAUGGUACGAUGGAGAUAUCUAUCGUGGACCAUCAGUUCCCUGAAGUCGACACUCCGAGUGUCGACAUCGUUUUCUUCAUAUUUUGUUCGAUGGCUGUUGCCGAUAGACGUAAGCAUGUGCUAUGUUCGUUCUACCUCCAGCGUCUCUACCAUGCCAUAGGUGCUCAUAUGAAGGAACUCUUUCAAGUGUAUGCCGAGACAUUUGCUGCUGCAUCAGAGGAGUACCCAUCAUCCGAGCAAGUGAUGGAUGACAUCACAUCUCGAGACAGUCUCCGACGUGGUGCAGCUAAAGCCAUUGGCAUGAUGAUCGGCGGUGGUUGCGACCCUUUUCUCGGUCACACGGCUGAGAUGCAUACGCGCUUCGUUGAGGCUUUGAGAGAUCUAACAGCAGUACUGGACGACUGA